UUAAUAUUCAUCUCACGCGCGUUUCUGCGUACGGGGCAGAAUCGCUGCAAGUCACUUGACCUACAUUCCACUCUAAUGUGAAUUAGAAGUGUCCAGAGCAACGAAAAUGUCGGAGAAGCGAAAAGUAGAUAGAAAAAAGCUCGAUUCUCAGUCUAAAUCAGAGGAAGAAACAACGGAGCUGAAUGAUGACGCUGCCAAGACACAAACUGUCCAGCAUGUCGAGGAUCUAAAUUGUUUCUUUGAUCUGAGAACAAAGCGUGGACAGCUACUGUUCUUUGUUGUCACUAUACUGGCGGCCACGUUGACGCAGUGUCUUCCAAAAGAUACAAUCACCAAUAUUCUGCAGUUUGGGGAACAAACGCCUUGUGAGCCACGGAUUCAAAUUGUAGAAAAGAAUAUACCUAGUCAGGUUGAGGAGCGACCAAAGUACCAGGUUUACGGUCGGAACCCAACCGGUGGUCAUUUGGUACACAUACAUAAUGUACUGCAGCGGUUGGGAGUGGAUCAAGUGGGUAACGAUACAGAGGAUUGGGACCUGCUAUGGGCUCACGACUAUCCCUUUCGAAAGCUGAACCUUUAUCGUCUGAAGGCACAUCAGCUAGUGAACCAUUUCCCUGGCUCCGGUUAUAUCACGAAUAAGGUUGAUUUGUCCACGUCGGACAUUAAAUACGUUCCGAAAGCCUUCAAGCUGCCCAGUGAGGAGGAAAAAUUCAAAAACUAUGCCCAGAAGAAUCCUACUAAACUGUUCGUACAGAAAAAUAAUCAACAUCGACAUAUACAUAUCAAAAAACUAGAAGAGAUUGAUUUUGGAAAUAACGAAACCUUUAUACAGGAAUUCAUCGAUGAUCCUCUUUUGGUAGAUGGAUAUAAAUUCGACAUAGGAGUAUACACAGUAAUCACAUCAAUCGAUCCGCUUCGCGUUUAUAUAUACAAGGGUGAUAUUCUUUUUCGUUACUGUCCCGUUAAAUACUAUCCGUUUGAUGCGGAAAAUUUAGAUAAAUACAUCGUGGGGGACGACUACCUGCCGACGUGGGAAGUUCCAGCGCUGAAACCAUUCUACACUAAGCUUGGUUUCGGUAUGAAGGAAUCAUUUGACGCAUAUCUUCGCAGUAUCGAUCGUGAUCCCACAGUCAUCUGGGAACAGAUUGAGGAUGCAAUUCGAUUAGCGAUUCUCAAAAAAGAACCACUUAUGGCCGACAUUCUGCCGCGUUAUGCUAGCAAACGUAACUUCUUCGAAAUGAUGCGGUUUGACCUGGUUGUUGACAACAAACUGCGUGUUUUUCUCAUGGAAGCAAACAUGAGUCCGAAUCUUUCUUCCGCUCAUUUUAAACCGAACCGUCUGCUCUACGAACAGGUUAUUUACAAUUUCCUUCGUAUGGUCGGCGUAGGAUCCGACCUGCGACGAGAGUCAUUUCGAAAACGUUCCCCGGACACGGAAGCGAUGGUGUCCUCACUGAAGAACAUCGUGGUCGAAGCGAACCGAUGUUCCGAGGCACCUUGCGCCGAAUCGUGCGCUCCGGAAGAGUGUUCCUUAUGCGUUGCUUGUCUUAGCGGAUCGGAUCUACGAGAUUUACAUGCUGCCUACCGGGAGCACCUGAACCGGGGAGAUAUGAAGCGAAUAUUUCCAGUGCCAACAAGGGACCGCCUAACGGUCGAUCCGGUGGAAUUGAGUGCCAAAAACCAAUGGAUGAGCCGCUGGUUCGAGGAGAAAUGUAAGAUGGAUGAUUCGUACUGCUGA